AUGAGCUUCCAGAACACCCAGAACGGCUCAAUGAGCACCCAACAGGGUUACAUGACAAAUCCCCCACCUACGACUCCCUCCAAUGGCUCCCAGUUCCCCUCGGAGUGUGCGAAUCAAUUUCGUGGACACCCCUAUCAAGCUUAUCCGAAUCAGGAGUGUCCCCCCGAUAUGCCUGCUUCCAAUGUGGCUGUCAGUCAAUCGGGUCAUGGACAGGCCUUGACAUUGAACCAGUUGCUCCUCCAAAACAAUUCUCCAGGCCCUCAGCCGCCUCGUGUAUCGGGACCGAUAUCGCCCAUGGGCCAACCGGGCGGAUUUAGGUAUGAUCCCUACGGAUAUAUGCCCAAAUCCGGUCCUUCUGGUCAACAGCAGGACGGAAAUCAGCCUCUAAGCGGCCCUCCAAUAUCACUGAAGGAUCCUGCUACACAAGAAAGUUUGUUGCGGUCGUCUCGUGCCAACACGCCACAGGAAGGUGCUCCUGAUAUGCGCAGUCCCGUCUCACAGCCUGAUCAGCAACAACAGAUGGACUCCAUGCCCAAAUCACAGCCGAAUCGAACUCCCGGUGGUCCCUCACCCCUUCCCGGCUACGGUCCGGGGAUGCCUCAAGAUACCAGAAUGAAUCCGGGCAUGGUACGACCCGGUGUCAUGGGCCCCGGUGCCUUCCCACCUCGUUCCAGCUAUCCACCUGAAUACGGACAGGAUCCCUAUGCGCCCUACCCUCUCCAACGAUACCCCCCGCCGCCGCAAUCCUCACGCUAUCCCGCUCCUGGUGGUGGCUACUCCAUGAUGCCCCCUCCACCACCUCCUACUUCCUCCGGUUACCCUCCUCCUCCACCGGCUGAAUACCAGAAGAUGUGGCCUUACAUGAUGCCCGAUCAUCCAAACUACCCUCGCCCCUAUCACCCCGAUAUGUAUUCGCGGGGCGGUGGCGGCUACCCUCAACCGCCUCCCAUGUCCAACGGCCUCUCCUCACCUCGUGGGCCCACCAUGCGGUACCCCCAUCCGCCUAUGGGUAGCAUGGAAAGUGUCGUACCUCCAUCUCAACCACCGAAUUCUCAGCAGGAUCAAUCGCCUGGUAACUUUCCGCCCUCACAGCAAACGAAUAGGGCCGAUUCAAGAGAUGAAGCGAUGUCGUCGCGAAUCUCCUGUUCAAAUGAACAGACGCCGACGUCUUCUGCUCCUCCUGGUGAAGUUAUCCCUUUACGACCGCCUUCGUCAUCAUUGGCUUCUGUUCGAACUGGACCUCCACCGUCUCCCAAGAAGGAGGACGAUCAGCAGCACCAACAGCAACCACCACCCCAAAACGCGAUGCCUCAGCAUCACCAGUUCAUGAUGCAGCAGCAGCAACAGCCUCAGAUGCACCCGAUGUAUCGUCAGGGGCAGAAUCGCAUGCCGCCCAGGGGUCCACAUCCUGGAGGGGCCUACGGUUAUCCGGGUUACCCUCCCAACUUUCCUCAACAGCCUCAACAACAACAAUAUCCACCUCAGCAGCAACAGCCCUACUCUGGUGGCGGGGGUGGUGACAUGUCUCCAAACGCCAUAUACCACCAACCUCACCCGCAGCCUUCCUACGGACAUCUACAACAGCAAAGUGGCGGACCACCGCCACAGUAUCCUUAUCAUCGGGGCUACCCACCACAGGCGGCUCCUCCUCCGCCCCAGUCCAUGCAUUCAAUUGCGCCGCCGCCCAACCUAAGCCCGCAGUCGGCCUCGUGUUUCUCGCGUCUGAUGGAAAUGGGCUACGAGCCGGACCGGCGUCAGUGGCUGGAACACUACUUUUUCUUCAUGGAGGAGAUCAAUAAACCCCUCACCGGUUUACCGCAGGUGGUGAAGCAGCCGCUUGAUCUCUACCGCUUCUAUCUGGCGGUGCGAGAGCGUGGUGGAGUGCUAGAGGUGAUCAAGACAAAGCGGUGGAAGGAAAUCAGCCAACUCUUUAACAUCAACGCCUCUGCAUCGGCGGCGUACACGCUGAGGAAAAAUUACUGCAAGUACCUUCUCGAUUAUGAGUGCCGUUUCGACCAUGGGCCGGGUGGCGCGGAUGUGCGUGUGGUGGCAGCGCAGAUUGAGACUCUUUCAGGGAAGAAAAAGAAGCCCUCGGUGGGCUCCAUUGGCGGUGGUGGUGCGGGCUCGGAGAUGAACGAAUCUUCCACCUCCAGUUCUACGCCAUUUCCACCCCCCUCACCAGUGGGUAGUCAGUCCUCGGCUUCGUCUAAUCUCAUGCCACCUGUCCAGCAGCCUCCCAGCAAUGGGGCGCCCACGAGCGUUUCAGCAACUCCUGCGGCGUCAGUAGGAGGGACGGAUGACGGUGGCGGAGGUGGAGCGAAAACUGUGGUUGGGCCAGGAUCGUCACCUGUAGCAGGUGGUGGUAUCUCUCCAGCUCCUUCGUCUGCUGCUGCCUCACCCUAUCCUGCGCCACAGGCGACCGCUACUACCACGCCAUCCUCCACACCGGUAGCGGCGUCUGUUGAGCAGCAACAACAACUGCAGUCUCCGUCUGGAUAUCCGAUGGGUCCUGGUGGUGGUUCGCCUUGGAGGCCAUCGGUUGGGGCCAAUCAACGACCACCGUUCCCCCCACCCGGCUAUCCGCAAUCUCGAAUGCCUGGACCUGGAGUUAGCUACGGCUGUGAGAUGGUGGGACGGCAUCCCUAUCCUCCGCCUCCCUCUCCUUACGGACGGCUCUCAUCGGGCAGUACUGGUGGUAGUCACCUGAUGGCAGCUAUGGAGGGCAUGCGUGGUGAGGCCUCGCCGGAAGGAGCACCUCUUCUCUCCUCCAAACCGCCUACAGGGAACACAGUUCACCAUCCACCUCAACAACAGCCUCAACCUCCACCUUCCAUGAUGUACCAACGUGGUCCGCCCUAUAUGAUCGGCCAGCACCAUCAUCACCCACCGCCACCACCACAACAGCAGCAGCCACCCCCGCCCCCCUCUUUCACCGCACACUACCAACCACCCCCACCACCAUCUGGAGGGCAGGGUCCGGGUGGUCGAUCCGGUAUGGCCAUGGGUCAAAGACCUCCAAUGUCCCCGUUUGUUGGUGCACCGCCCGGCUACACCAAUGCGUCCGGUGGUUCGCAGCCUCCUAAUACCGCGUUUCCAUCGUCUCAACGACUACAUCAUCCGCAAUCGGCUAUGAUGGCGCAGCAGCAGCAACAACAACAGCAGCAGCCACCUCCACCGCAUCCGGGAAUGAUGCCACAACAACGUCCUGGACCGGCCUACGUUACGGCUGCUGCGGCCGCAGCUGCCUACUGGAAGCGACUGGAGGCGGUCCAGUUCUUCCCACCGGGCUGCGUAGAAGCCACGCCGAUCGAUGCAAGUCGUCGGAAGCGUUUCCGAAUAAAGGAUCUUGGUCCACUAACUGCGUCAAAGUUAGUGAUGGCACUUCGUUCCGGUCUGCCCAGUGAGACGACCUGGGCGCUUAACGCCCUCAACGUCAUUCUUCGCGAUGAGCCCAAUGCUUUGGAAGCCUACUUCGCGCCGCCCACCCAACAGCCCCUUGUCUCAAUCAAUGCUAACGCGCCCACCCUCAAUACCCUGGUCACUGCGCUUACCGACCACCUUCGCCACGAUGCCAACGAACUCUUUCCUUCCCAUCGUCUCACCUCGGAGCUCGAGCUGCCCCUCCAUCUAGAUGCAGAGAGUCAGUUGAUAUGUAAAACUCCUCCCGCCCCAGCAGAUCCUCCGCCUCUCGAUAUCCAGACUUCUUCUUCCUCAUCAUCGUCGACAUCUUCCACGACUAAUCGCGAGAACCUUUUCACCGACCUCUUCAACGAGAUCUCUAGCAAAUGUCGUUGCCUCCGUGUUCGAAAUCCACCCUUGUCUCCAAAUGGGCUGGUCAGUUUGGAACAUGAAAUCGUCGCUAUGGCCAACUCCAAGGGGGUUUCCGUAGGCGCACUGCGAGAGGCCAUUCGACAACUACUCCAGGGCUCUGGCAAGAAUGCUCGUCUCUUGAUGAAGGCUUCAGCGCCAAAAUUACCCAAAACGGCACCCUCCAUGGAUUCUGGUUCGGAUAAAUCUGGUACUGGUGCUGGCGGUGCGGGUUCUUUGAAUAAACGAGGACGCGGGCGUGGAUCUGGCACGUCUUUGCUUGCUGACCACUUAGCGGCUUUCGAAGCUGCUCAUAUGACCCCUGCCACGACUAUAGCGAAACACACCACCUCUCUGCUUGUUAAUAACCUCUCAGGACCCGAAGCUCGAUCCAACAUUCGAAGAUUAGCUCUCUUCGCGUUGGACGAACUUCUCGAAGGCAAGGAGUCACCCCCACCGGUCCUUUUACCAGCCGACGUUGCUGCUGAACUUACUUCUCCACCCGCCUCUCCUCGACCUCCUUCAAUGCGAGAUGUCUUUAUGCGAGGUGGCUCCGACUCCACUUCUUACAUCCUUCCUCAUCCCAACGGUUGUGGAGGAAGUAGCAACAGUAGUACCGGUAGCAGCGCCUCCAUGCGAAGAAAGCGUACCAACUCUUCCACUGAGGCCACCUCGACUUCCGACAAGGCGUCGAAGAGGGCUCGUUCUUCAUCCUCGUCCUCCUCUCUCCCCGUCCUUUCACCCCAGAAAGUGGAUCCUUCCACGGAUAAGACUGAUAUUGCUUCCACUCCACCUGCGGAGGCGAUGGAGGAGGACGAAGACAGCGAGUUGAACAGUCAUCGAUUGAUGACCGACUCACGAGGCUACUGCCCUCUUCGUGCACGUUCUGAAAUAAUCCGUCGUGGCGACUUGGCUCUCUGGCCUGUGGACGCGGCUUCGGAGAGGGCAGAGGGCUUUGCGUUGCGGUGUUUGUGCGUCUCCACGGUACUUCGCAAUCUCUCUUUCCUACCCUCUUGUGAGCGUGUUCUUGCCAACCACAAAGCGCUGCUUGCGCUUACCGGCCGCCUUCUAACUGUCGCGCAUACCCACUUCGAAUCUGCGGAUGCCGACUGGGCCUGUGUGGAGGAUCACAUGACUCGUUAUGAUUCCAACUCGGCCUGGUGGAUGCCGUGGUUGGACGAGUUGUGCGAAAACAUCCUUGUCCUUCUCGUCAACAUCCUGGGUCAUCUGCAAUGUCUUCCUCUCCACGAGAGCAUCGUGCGUCCUCUACUGGAGGGCCUCGUUCAUUGGGCCACAUGCCAGACUGCCGCUGCAACCGAUCCUCUCCCCGGUCAUCGAAUCAUCUCGCCGUGCCGCUUGGCUCUCGAGGCGCUCAAUCGUCUCGCAGUGAAUGACUCCAACGUUGCCAUGCUGCUUGCGACUAUGGACACCGAGAGCGCUUGUCGCCUCUUUGAUCGCCUUGCUUCGUGGCUGGCUCUGCCGGAGGAUCAGGUGACGCGAGAGUUAGCUCUCUCCACACUACACUACCUCUCAGAACCCCCGGUGAACAUCUGCCAACAACAGAUUGAUGGAAAUAACACCUCCACCUAUGGACUCUCUUUCAUUGCGCAAGCGAAGCCAUGUCCUAUCGCAGGUCUCAUUUCCUUCAUUGAAGUCAUGGAGACGAAGACACGGAGGGUGAUCGAACAGUAUGGUGUGCAGGUGUUACAAGAUCAGCCGGAGUUGAUGGGGACGUCAUUGGAGUUGUUGAGGCGUGCUGGAGCUCUAUUACAACGUCUGGCAGCGAAUUCUUUCGGCCGGAGUAGAUUCACCCCAGAUUUGGAAAUGCGAGUGCUGGGCUUGGCUACCUCACGAGUGCUGGACGCCACAGUGGCCCAAUUGCUCUCUGGAUGCCUUCUGGAUCUGCCCCAACGAGACAGUCACUCUGUAUCAAUCUGCGACCUCAUUCCGAAGAUGCCUUCCUCGGAGAAAGUGGCACAGCUCCUGGCGCCGCUGCUGAAGAGGAAAGAAGUGGCCGACAGAGCAGUGAUGCAGAAAGUUUUGGAAAAGGAAGCAGGUGAGUCGAGGAGAUCACAACUAGAAACGUCGACCCAAGAUGCAUCGUCUUCAACCAGGGCGACGGAGGACGAAGGUGAAGGAUCGGCGACAAAGAAGAAGUCCCCUGAAACCACGGUAAAUCCGGAACUGCCCUGUGACGAGACUUCCAAGUUGGAAACCAAGCUAGAAGCACGAGCGGAGUCUUGCCGCAUCGACGUGGGGCAUUUAAGCUGCCCUCACAGAUGCUACAAGGCCUCAGUCCCACAGGGGAUCUGGGGGCUGAUGGCACAGGUAGAGCAGGGUAGAUGGAAGACUCGGAUAGUACUGUGUGCGGUCAAAAGUGUCCUCGACAUGCGCAGACGCGUCAGCAAGCUAAGACGAUUUGAGAUGGGACCAACUGGAAAGGUUAGAGCCAUGGUGAAGGGUGUCCUCUUCAUGCGGAUCCUUGCCGUUUCUCGGUCGGAGGAAUGCCCAAAUGGAUUUUUCCGCAUUUCCAAUUCCUGCUACUUCCUACCAGUUUGUCGCCACAACAUUGAUGCUGUCAUUGAGGCCAAACACGCAAAUAGUUGUCACAAUGUCACCUUUCGCAGUUUGAGCUGGUUUUGGUCUGUCUCGUAA